AUGAACCGCAGCGAAUCCCACGGAACCCCAGCAGAUCACGACCAUCCUUAUUCGCAUUUUCACCCAUUCAUCGGCGCACAAGGACAUGGCCCGUGUGGGAACCAGCGUUUCAAGCCGAACGGGAUCGUCAGGCACAAGGCGAGGAACCCAAUAUUAGGGCUCCGAGAUAACCAUGUGUUGCUGCACCCAAGCUUGAAACCUCAACGUUUUCAGCCGCAGAUCCGUAUGGCGGAUAUUACAGCCCCUCUGUCAAUUCUACCGCCCUUGGCUACUGGUGCGUGCUUGUUUCGGGGCGUUGGCUCGGGCGCACACUCGUGA